AUGCCUCCGAGAAGACGCCUUGUUUCUCUCGAGCAUCUUGCGCCGGACACUGUGGAGAUCUCGGUGCCGCAACGCUUCGAAGAGUAUGCAGUCGACGUCUGGUCGCGGCAGGCCCUUGCCCCAGCACAAUAUCUCGAUUUCAUGUGGAGCGUCGUCGCGGGGCUUGAAGCACUUAACUGCUACCAUUCUAGUGGAGUCUUUGUGCUCCCAGAGCUCAACAGUGGCUUGGCCACCGGAACCAACAAGCCUUUCUGGAUACAGUCCCUGGGAAAUAUGUUGGCGAUGACAUAUUUCUUUAAAGGCUUCGAUAAUUGGCAGGACUGCCACCUAGGAGAGACAAAACACAAAUGUGGUCGAAUAAGGCAGUGCUACAAUCACAGUCGAUUACUCCAAAGCCACACUGAUUCGGUCUUUCACCUCCCACAGAAACAAUGUAUAUUUCUUCCGCACCUACUCUGCCACCCUACCCAUAACACCAAACCCCCCCUCGAAAAUUUCCUCUCUCAACGAAAACGCUUACAAAUGUUUACGAUCUCCGCUCUCCGCUCUCCAGAGACUCCGCCAACGGGUGAGCGCUGCUUCGUCUCCGGUGGAUUUGCACCCACGCGGACACCUAAUCGGCCGCGAGUGCUUUCGAGAGCUCGUACGCAAUGGCACUACCGAUUGUCAGAUUGCAGGGACACGGUCACCACCGUCGCCGACCCCUGUCCGCUCUGGCUCCACCUUCUAGUUGCGAACCUCUGGUUCAGACAGCUGGACAAGUUCCUCAAUCCUGCCGCACUCAUUGAUACCUUACUAUGUGAUGAAUUGAGGGACGUACAGGUAACUAUUCUUCCAAUGCAGCUCAGGUUCAACUCAACGGUCCUCCACGCCGUCUUCUUCUCCGUAGGUAUCUUACCCGUUUCACUCUACUACGGCCUCCUCGGCUGUGUUCUCCGCGUGACGCCUCCCGAGCUCAGGCCCUUCCAUUUCCUCUCUGGCUUCUCUCGUAACACGACCACCACCAACGCUCGCUACCUCGGCGAUACUAUUCGACUUCGUCCUAGUGAAAUUCGCCUACCUUCACGCUCGGACUGGCGGACCACGAGCUGCGCCCCUGGGUCUCAUCCUCUUCUUGCUAAUUCGCCUGGCUCUACUGAUUCUGGGCCUCGGCGGAAUUCUCCUCAUCUUCCUGGUCAGCUGGCCAUGUACCUCCUCUCCGCUUGGCGACUAGUUGAGCUUGGCACGCGGGCCAGUGGGAUAUUUCAUGGCAAGUUAAGGCGUGUCUCUGGAGGCGCGCGUAGUAAUGGAAAGUGGCUUUGGGGGUUGAGUUCCACCCUAGAUAUCAACCCGCAGUCUUUUCCCCAUCACUUUCAACACUCGCACAUUGAAAUCGAUGUCCUGAUUGACAGACUCACUCAGGCAGAGCGCUGUCGCCCUGAUAAAGUGUCCACCCGAAUCACACUAGCUCUAGCUGCACUUUUUAUUAACGAUAUUCCCACUGAAAUUUGUAUGGGAAUAAAGAACGGCAGAAUGUGGAUAGCAAUUUGA